GACCACAGAAAUCAAUGUGUUCCACUAAUUCCUGUUGGAGCGAGAUGACUAAGAGCUCAACACAUUUCACAAAAUGCAGAGAAGGAAAAAAGAGAAUCUGCUUGUCUGCAGGCUCCUGUCUCUAGUCUAGGAAACAUUAGGAACAUAACAAGUUAAAGGUUAUGCAUGCACUGCAGGCAUAACUCCAUAUUCCUCAGCCAAACUAUCUGCAAAAACAAAAAAGACAUUUACAUGUAGAGUGUCUCUGCUCUGGCUUGCAAAUUCAACAUGGCCCAGAACCUCGUGAAUCAAGUUCAAUAAAGGUAUAAGUGAGAGGGGCGGGUGUUGAUUGGUCAUACAUGGGCACAUCAGUCUGAUCUCUGCCAUCCAGGCUCUGCCUCUUCCUCUGCCCCUGCCUUUCAGAGUUCAUACCUUGUAAAAGGUGGACGGGUCAAAACUCUACUUCCCCGAGCGCCGUCCAAUAAGUAAGGGCGGUGAGGACUGCGCUGUCAUUGGCUGACUGCAGGUGAGAGUGCGAUGCGGAUUGGAGGAUGUCGGGGGACUGGGAUGAAGACCUGUGUAAGAAGGCGUUGGUGUUGGUGGAGGAGCUGUGCUUCAACUCCCCGAGAGGUUACAGCCAGAGUGAACGCUGCCAGGAGUUCAGCUAUCUGCUGAGAGGCCGCAACAGACAGCUGGACACAGAGAUCUCUGUCAGUCUGCUGUCAGUCAUUGUGACGUUCUGCGGUAUCGUCCUCCUCUCCGUCUCCCUCUUCGUCUCUUGGAAACUAUGCUGGCUCCCAUGGCGGGACAAAGAAGGCGGAGGCCUGAGCCUGACAUCGGGAUUGCUACCCGGAAGCGCUGGCAUCGGAAGCCUUGCAGGCGCUGGGGGAUCUCUAAUACCCCCGUUGCUUCAGAGGAAGGAGGGCCAUUCUUCAUCCUCACUUUACCCCUCCCUGGGCCAGCAGGGCCAGCACCACCCCCACUUCUCUGAGCUGGUGGGACUGGAGAGAGGGGAGAUGGGAGGUGUGGUUGGCGGGCCACAUGAGACCCAGGAGCACUCAUACCUGGACAUGGACUCCUAUCCCAACAAUGCUGGAACUCUGAAGCUGAGUCAAACAUCUCCCGAUGUCCCUAACUCAGAGGGUGGGGCCCAUCCCCAUAAAGACCUUCCCAAUGCUCAUUCCCAGCAGCAGGUCACCUCACGGCCCAAGCCCAUGACUCACCAGCUCUCCAGUCCUGAUUUCCAUGGUGAGGAGAAGGAGCAGGUAACCAGCAUUGGGCAGAUAAAACCAGAGCUCUACAGACCCAAGGGUGACCAGGGCGAAGGCAAACAGGGCGACACCUGUGGCAAGAUCAGCUUCCUCCUGCGCUACGCCUUCAACACGGAGCAGCUGGUGGUGAAGAUCCUGAAAGCUUUGGACCUGCCAGCGAAGGACGCCAACGGCUUCUCUGACCCGUACGUGAAGAUCUACCUACUGCCAGACAGGAAGAAGAAAUUCCAGACUAAGGUUCACAGAAAGACCUUAAACCCCGUGUUCAACGAGACGUUCCAGUUCGGCGUGCCGCUGAAUGAGCUACAUUCCAGGAAGCUGCAUUUUUCUGUGUACGACUUUGACCGCUUCUCCAGACACGACCUGAUCGGCCAGGUAGUGGUGGAUAACCUGCUGGACUUCAGCGAGGGCAGCGGGGAGACGCCCAUCUGGAGGGACAUAGUGGAGGGCACUGCGGAGAAGGCUGAUCUCGGGGAGCUUAAUUUCUCGCUGUGUUACCUGCCCACUGCAGGCAGACUCACUGUCACCAUCAUCAAGGCCACCAACCUCAAAGCCAUGGACCUGACUGGCUUCUCCGACCCGUAUGUGAAGGCCUCUCUGAUCUGUGAUGGGCGAAGGCUAAAAAAGAGGAAGACCUCCAUUAAGAAGAACACACUGAAUCCCACAUACAAUGAGGCGCUGGUGUUUGACAUUCCCAAUGAAAAUAUCGAAAGUGUAUCCAUCUUCAUUGCAGUGAUGGACUAUGACUGUAUUGGUCAUAACGAAGUUAUAGGGAUGUGUCGUGUGGGCAGUGAUGCUGAUGGUCCAGGGAGAGAGCACUGGGCAGCCAUGCUGGCCAACCCACGCAAACCAAUAGAGCACUGGCAUCAGCUUGUUGAGGAAAAAGCUGUUGGUACCUUUGUGUCGAAGAGUGCUACUACAUCCUCUCCUAAGCCACACAUUGUGGUGGACAGUCCUCACUCCGAUUAAAACUGUCAUUAUCAUCUCUCCAGCUCCAGACUUUCCUUUCUUUCUUCUCAUCUGUGAAUAAUUCUCUCCAUCAAAGAAAGAGAGACGUGGAGACACAGCUAGUGUCCAACUGCUAGUGCUGUUUUGCUCCUAAUGAAUCCUCCAAGUCCUGUGCCGUCUUAACCACGCUGGGAAGAAAAACCAUCCACCACUACCUUCACUUUGAGCAUCACAUUUACAGACAUGAACGUUACAUGAUACAGCAGGAUCUAGCAACAGAAUGCAUACACAUAACUCACACACUCUCAUACACACACAAAUACGCAGAAUUUGUGGUAUGUGCGUAGUACAUAUGUGCUUCAGAUUAGUGUAGUAUAUCAUUUAGGAGGAGUGUGAUGUGACAAACUUUUCUCUCUUGGGAAAACAAGGAAAAAAGAAAGCCAUCCUAGAAUGGUCAUUUCAACCAGGACCAAAGGUUCAUGCCCUUAUACAGACUAUAAAAGAAGAAAAUCACUACGUUGAUAUUUUUCUUUGCAGCACUGGUGUACAGUAUAUGCCACACUGUAUAGGAAAACAUCUCAUGUAGUACUAAGCAGGACAAAAUGUCCAUGGUGGAUUCUCCCGGCUAUUUUGGAUGCCUUUCCGGGCUCCGUACUCUCUGGUUUCAGACUUAUCUCACUUAAUUUUCCCAGAGGAAAGACGACCAAGCAUCUAGUGUUUUUUAUUGAUGUCAGAGGAGCAACAAAUGAGGACAGACUCAUUGGUCGAAGCACGUCACGCAACCUUGAAAUGGGUCCCUCUUCCUCAGUCUUUUUGUCAGCAUCCUCAUGGUGCUCAUCAAACUUCAACUUUUAUUUUUCCAAAUAAUGUUGCUGUUUCUUUUGUGCAAUGAAACAUACAUAUAACAUCAGGAAAGGAGUUUAUUCAUGCCUAUUUAUUACAGUGCACCGAGGAUGAGAAGGUGUGAGCUUCUGACAGGCGUGGACUGUUUGAUCGUCCCAGGUUUGCUGGCUAAACUGGCAGAUUUGAUUGAAACCUGGGUUUACUACCAGACCAGCAUCUGUUUGGAGUGCGAUCGCUGGAGGAUUGAGGGGAAAGAUUUCACUACUGUUUUAUUUUUCUAUCAUUCCAGGACUUUUUGUUUUCUUAUCUCAAGAAGUCAUCUUCAAGCUUCAACUGAGAACAUUUAAUACCACACCAUGUCCCUGAAAAGACUCUAGAAGGACACACAUGUCCAUGUUGCUUUUAUUAGUGUAUGUUUUUGUGUUUGUGGGUGUUUCUUAUUUUAUUUUAUUUUAUUUUUUUGUAUUUGUCUGUGUGUGUGUGUGUAUGCCUGUGUCACUGUGACCUUGUAUGUGGCACGUUUCUGUGCUCACCGCCUCCCUCGUCCUUCUUCCAUCUUUGCCUCCCUCAGUCCCUAAAUCCCAGCAUCUACAGACUGAAACGCUCGUCCCAGAGCCAAAUGUGUCUUCUGUCAUGUGUCUUUACAAGGAGCCAUUGUGUGUGUGUGUGUGUGUGUGUGUGUGUGUGUGUGUGUGUGUGUGUGUGUGGGUGGGUGACAGAGAGAGUACUGUAUGUGUGUAUACUAUAUGUGCCUCAUUGCACUAGGUGGGGAAACAGUGUCUUUCAUAGAUACUAGUUUGUACUGUUUGUGUCGUCUUUAAAUCAGCUGCCAAUCUUCCAACCCUCUUCACCGUUAAACCCUUUGCCUGAUGUAAGUAACUGUGUUGAUCGUGUACUUCUUUCAGUAAUUUGUGUAUAUCAGAGGAAAAAAACAGAUGGCACAGUGACUGAAAAUGAAAUUGUUGGGUAUGUUUUGAUUAAAUUUAUGAGAGGAAACACAAAAAAAGAAGAAAAGAAAACAUUUGAGACUCAUUUAUUAUGGCCUACAGAUCAUGACAAAUUUAGAUCCCCUUAAAGCAAGACAACAGGGAGGAGGUGGUGUGAGAAAACAAGCGCCUGGAGUUUCUGCACGUUCUGUGUAAACCAAUACAGACUUAUAAAGCCAUGUCUGUCAAUGCUACUACGACUACUACUCUAACCUCAGCAAAGCAGCAGUACAGCACCUCACUGUAGGUAUUUUGUAUUGCUUUCAUUUCCCUCUCAUUCUUUCACACACACACACACACACUUUUGUCAAGGUGUGUGUUUCAGGGGAGGGAUCAAGUUUUGUUCUCUCUACUUUUUAAUAAUGGUAGCACGGUCGUGCACUUGAACAGGUAUACGGGAGGCGACACAUCCUGCAUCAUACCUGCAAGCGUGUGGUUUGUCCGCAGGGGGUUAUUGAUCAGCUUGGAUGUAGUAGGUCAUUGGUCUCCAGGCCCCCGUACUUCUUUCUUCUCUCUCUCUCUUCCCCAGCCUCUCUGUGCUUGUCUACCCUGUUUAGCCUUUGUGUUACUGCCUGGUGAUAGAUUACAAAGCUCAUAGUGGAACCGGCACUUUCCCUUUUUCUCUUCCCACCUCCCGUCUGCCACCACCC